CACCAACAUCCAUACUUCUAUAAGGCUAAGGGAAUCAACCCACUAAAUACCCAAAGACCCUUAUUUUUCUUUCAAUUUCUGUUCAACCAUGGCCUCUUCUUCUUCCACUUCUCAUUCUCAAUGGAGUUACGAUGUGUUUUUGAGUUUUAGAGGUGAAGAUACUCGCAGAAACUUCACUGAUCAUCUCUACAAGGCUUUGAUUCAUAGCGGUAUUAGAACCUUUAGAGAUGAUGAAGAACUUCGAAGGGGUGAAGAGAUUGCACCAGAGCUCUUAAAAGCUAUUGAGGAAUCAAGGAGUGCCAUUGUUGUCUUCUCAGAAACCUAUGCUCGUUCCAAAUGGUGUCUGGAAGAGCUUGUCAAGAUCAUGAAAUGCAAAGAGGAAAGGGAAAAAAUGGUAGUUAUCCCAAUUUUCUAUCAUGUGGAUCCGUCUGAAGUGCGGAACCAAACUGAGAUUUACGGAGAAGCAUUUACCCAUCAUGAGAAGAAUGCAGAUGAGGAGAGAAAGGAAAAGAUAAGGAAAUGGAAGGCUGCCCUGAGGCAAGCAAGUACUCUAGCCGGAUAUGAUGCGAAGAACAGGUACGAAUCAGAGCUUAUUGAUGAAAUUAUUGAGAAAGUCCCUAGAAGCUUCCCUAAGAUUUUAGAUGUUAACGAGAACAUUAUUGGAAUGGAUUUUCGUUUGGAAAGACUAAUAUCAAUGUUAAAGAUUGAGUUGAAUGAUGUUCGCAUGGUCGGGGUUUAUGGGCUUGGUGGUAUCGGCAAGACCACCAUCAUCAAUGCUCUUUAUAACCAAAUCUCAAAUCAAUUCGAAAGUGUUAGUUUGCUCACAGAUGUCAGAAAAGAAUCCACAGGAAAUUCUGGUCUUCUUAAGUUACAACAACAACUUCUUGAUGAUACUCUAAGGACAUCGAGGAAAAUAGUUUUAAGGAAUGUUCAUGAAGGUAUCAAAGAAAUAAGGGACAAGCUUUCCUCAAAAAAGGUUCUUGUUUUUCUGGAUGAUGUAGAUGAGCUGACACAAUUAGAACACUUGAUUGGAAAGCAUAAUUGGUUUGGUCCAGGAAGUAGAAUCAUCAUUACUACUAGGAAAAAAGAUUUGCUAACUAGGCAUGAAGUGAAUGAUAUGUAUGAAGUUGAGAAAUUAAAUUUUCACGAAGCUCUUCAACUUUUUUGUCGUUAUGCCUUUAAACAACAUCAUCCGAAGGAAGGUUAUGCAGAUCUCUCUCAUCAAGUAGUACGAUAUGCUGAUGGUCUUCCAUUAGCACUUAAAGUUUUGGGUUCUCUAUUAUUUGGAAAGAAACGACCAGAGUGGAAAAGCGAAUUGCGGAAGCUGGAAAAAAUGCCUAACAUGGAAAUUGUAAAAGUGCUUAAAAUAAGUUUUGAUGGAUUGGAUUAUACACAAAGGAUGAUAUUUCUCGACAUUGCAUGUUUCUUUAGAGGAAGUGAUGUGAAAAGAGUUUCAAGAGUAUUGGAUGCUUCCGAAUUCAAUGCAGAAAGUGGAAUAAAUGCUCUCGUUGAUAGGUGUUUCAUAACCAUUUCAAAGGACAACAGAAUAUAUAUGCAUGAUUUGUUAGCCCAAAUGGGCAAGGGCAUUGUUGAUCAAGAAUGUCCUAAUGAGCCAGGAGAGAGGAGCAGAUUAUGGAGACAUACAGAUAUUUAUCGAGUAUUAAAAAGAAAUACGGGGACUGAAAAAAUCGAAGGGAUAUUCCUUCAUGUGGACAGAUCAGAACAGAUACAGUUUCCAUCCAAAGCUUUCGAAAGGAUGCAUAGACUUAGAUUGCUUUCCAUCUCCCACAAUCACAUACAACUCUCUGAAGAUUUUGUAUUUCCGUAUGACUUGACAGUCCUUGAAUGGGAUGGAUAUUCUUUAGAAUCUCUACCAUCAAACUUUCAUGCAGACAAUCUUGUUUUCCUCAAUUUGAGCAAUAGUAACAUAAAACUACUUUGGGAAGGAAACAUGUGUCUUAGAAAUUUAAGGUACAUCAAUCUCAGAGAUUCACAACAGCUCAGUGAAUUGCCAAAUUUCUCAAACGUGCCAAAUUUGGAGGAACUAAUUCUUUCAGGUUGUAUAAAUUUACUUAAGGUUCACACACAUAUAAGAGUGUUAUUAAACUAACUUUUUUUUUCCUUGAAUUUUAUAGGGUGUGUAAGCCUUGAGAGUCUUCCUGGGGACAUUCAUCAGUUGAAACACCUUUUAACUCUUCAUUGCG